AUAUAUAAACAUACCAUAUAUACAUAUAUAUCUUAUUGUUUCUUACAUAUAUAUAAAUUUCAGUAGUAUUUGAUCACCAAUUAUGGAUGAAUCACAUUGUGAAGCAGGUAUGAGAUUAAGACCUAUUCAAACAAAAUUUGAAAAGAGAGGACCAACCACAUCAAAUGGUGGAUCUGAUGAUCAUCAUCAAGAAAUGAUGAACGGAGGAGGAGCUGAUCACGAUGAUCAAGAUCAGCCAUUGAGUCCAGCAGGUCAAUUGUUCCAUGAACCAAACUUUAAUGUUCAUAUUUUAGCAAUGAUGGGCUGCAAAACCAAGAUUGACACUGCUGUUGUUAAAGCCAACUUGCCACAUACUUUGCUCAAACACCCCCGCUUCUGUAGUUUGCCGGUUGAGGAUGAGAAAAAGGGUGGUGAAAUGAAAUGGGUGAGAACAGAAGUGGAUUUGGACAAGCACGUGAUAAAUCCUGAGGUUGAUUUAUCAAAUUACAAGGGAACCCCAGACAAGUAUUUGGAAGAUUACAUUCAUAACCUCACAAAAACCAGUGUUGACAAAUCAAGGCCUCUAUGGGAUCUCCAUAUUCUGAAUGUGAAGACCUCUGAGGCUGAGGCGGUGGGAAUUUUCAGAGUACACCACUCUAUUGGAGAUGGCAUAUCUCUCAUGUCUCUUCUGCUAGCUUGUACACGCCAAAUUUCUGAUCCCGAGGCCUUGCCAACUCUCCCCACAACCAAGUUGAAGUUAGAUAAUGCACACAAGAGCUUUGGCUUUUUCACUGCAAAGUAUUUAAUGAGCUUAAUACUUAGGGUUUGGUGGGUCUUAAACUUGUUUUGGAAUACCUUUCGGGAUGUUUUGAAGUUCACGGGCACAGCUCUGUUGUUGAUCAAAGAUAGCAAAACUCCUAUAAAAGGUCCACCAGGCAGUGAGAAUAAUCCUCGGCGAAUCGUUUACAGGAUUGUUAGUUUGGAUGAUAUGAAGUUGAUUAAGAAUGCAAUGAACACGACCAUAAAUGACGUUGCCUUGGGAGCCACCCAAGCUGGUUUAUCUAAAUAUCUCAAUAGAAGAUAUGGCAUAUUGAAUAAGAAUGAUGUGGGCGAAACCGAGAAGAAAAACAAUCUCCCAAAGAAAAUUCGCUUAAGAUCAAUUUUAUUCAUUAACAUUAGACCAUCCCCAGGAAUUCAGGCUUUAGCAGAUAUGAUGGAAAAAAACACAAAAGCAAAGUGGGGAAAUUCAUUUGCCUAUGUCCUCCUUCCCUUCACUAUUGGUUUAAGGGAUGACCCAUUAGACUAUGUUCGAGAAGCCAAAUCUACCAUCGAUCGGAAGAAGCAUUCUCUUGAAGCUUAUUUUACUUUCUCUAUUAUUGGCUUAGUUUUCAAGUUUUUUGGCAUCAAGUCAGCAAGUGCUCUUUUCCAAAGACUCUUCUGUGGAACAACCAUGGCCUUUUCCAACGUAGUUGGACCACUUGAGGAAAUUGGUUUCUACGGUCAUCCAAUGGCUUACCUCUCUGCAAAUUCUUACGGCCAAGCAAAUGAGUUGGUUGUGUGCAUUCAAAGUUACGUGAACAAAAUGAGUGUAAGUGUAGCAGUGGAUGAAAGCACAAUACCUGACCCACAUCAGCUAUGCGAUGACAUUGUUGAAUCACUUAAAGUUAUUAAGGAUAUUGUCAAAGAGAAAGGACUCAUCUAACUGUUAAAUAAUUAAAUUGCAUGUUGUAGUUGUCUUUUUCUUAAGCCAUGUGAAAAUUAACUCUUAUUUUAUUAAUUUUUACUUCUUAUUAAACUUAAAAUAAAUAAAGAAGAUUCUUUUGGAUCUUUCUUACAA